AUGCAGGAAGACCCACAUUCUCCAGAAAGUGACAGUACAAUCUAUAUAUCUUCAGCAACACCUAUCUCGUCGCGUUCUCACUCGUUUCCGACGACUCCUGUGAAGGCUCCGCCGCGAGAUCUCCAGAGCGAGAUCUUGGACAAAGCGGCGGAUUUUAAGGCACAGGGCAACGCGUGUUUUGAAAACAAAAAAUAUACAGAAGCGAUCGAGCUCUAUUCGAUGGCGAUCAGCUAUGUCCCUUCCGACUACGUUUCUUUCAGUAACCGAGCAGCCUGCUUCCUCUCGCUAAACAAAACUGCCCGUGCUCUGCAAGAUUCCCUUCGUGUCAUUCAAUUAAACCCGCAAUUCCCGCGGGGAUUCUGCCGAGCGGGAAAGUGCUAUUUCCUCAUGGGCGACCUCGAAAACGCGCGCAUCAUGUACUCCAAAGGCCUGGAAUUGGCCUCUCACAGCGAUAGCCGCACUUCCGGAGGGCAUGAUGAUCCGCGGUUCAUCGAGUGUCUUUCGAUGCUGAACCAGAUCCAGGAGGUCGAGGCGAGUCUCCGCAGCAUUCCGGACACCCUCCAGACGCCCGAUGAUGUGCGUCGCUCCAUCCGCGGUUAUUUAGCCGUCCAAUCAAAAUGCAGCUGUUGGCGGGAAAUGUACCUGGCGCUUUCCCGCGAUUAUCUCCUGCUCCACGACACGGCAAGCGCGGAGCUGCUGCUGAGUCGCGUGUCUCCGCAGGUGCUUCCCUGUUUCCACGAUUCCACGAUCUACCCGUUCGAGGUGGCGGCGUGGGACGCGGAAAAACUGGAUAUUUUUGGCAAUGAUGCGAGCGCGGUGGACGCCGAGCUCGUGGAGCGCUGGAUUGAAUUGUUUGUUUUACAAAGUCGAAUCGAAUUCGCACACCGUCUUCUCCAGAAAUGCACGCUCGAACCGCGGUUCCGCGAGGCACAGCGAAAGGCCGCGGGACUGGCGCCCUUCUGGGGCAUCGGCGAGCUGCACGUGCGAAUCGCGGGGAUUUUUCAGGCGUAG